AUGGCCAUUCCCAACGAGAAGCUGCAGCAGGUAAGGUUCCCUGCUUCUGAACUGCAUGGUGGUCGCCGGCUUACCCUCUGACGCUGUUGAAAGUUGCUGCAAGAGAUCGAGCAAAAGUCGGCAUUCGCCCAGCAGCAGCUAGGCAUCGUCAAAUCGCAGAUUGCGUCCAAGAAUCGCGCGAGCCGGAUGUUGCAGCUUUCCUCGAAUGAACUGGACACUCUCCCAAAGGACACGCCUGUUUAUGAUGGAGUGGGCAAGAUGUGGGACAUCUCCUCUGCAUUGCCGGAGGCCUCGGCUAACUAUGGCUAUAGGUUCGUCCUCACCUCCACCGAAGACGUCAAGGCACGCCAAGCCAGGGAAGCCACAGACGUGAAGAAUGAGAUCUCCAAUCUGGAGAAAAAGCUUCACUAUCUGGAGAUGACCUACAAGAACUCUCAACAGCACAUGGAACAGCUAUUCAAGCGUGGGGGUUGA